AUGGCCUCCAACAGCGAACGUGCCGAGGCGCGGCAGCGGGACUGCUCGCUGAGCGUCGCGGACGGCCACAGCUACACACUGGAGCCGGUGCUGCAACACCGCAGCGCGCCCAUAGAUUGGAUUCAGCUGCAGCGGUUCGUCACUUGGCUCAUGUCCGUGAACGCGAAAACGAAGUGCCCGCUCAACCUGCGCAAUGGCCGCGUGCACUCCCAUAGCAACGUGUUCAUAGCAGUGCCGUAUCUGGACUCGGAUUACCUGAUGAACGACCUCGACGCCCUGAAGGUGGUGCAGCGCUCCACGGAAAGCGGUACCCUAUACCGAAUCAAAUCGCCGGCAUGCCACAUUUCGGAGGGUGAAUGUGACAUAAUGAAGAAGUUUUUGUUCAUGGAGGUGAAGAAGCAGAUACGGCCCGACGAAUCGCAUCGCAUAGCGCAGUUUUGCCUCACUCCAGAAAUGUACCACAACGCUUACAACCCAGGGCACGCUGAAAAUGAGCAAUUCGAAGAUUUGGACUGCCAUCCGGCAGAAUUUGUUAACAAAAUGGAAGCCGACAUAUCGGAGGACCAACUGUUGUCGGUGCUGGAGUCCAACGUGUUGACACCGCGCCGACUUUGCAGAAACCAGGAUCAGCUAGUGGCGGCCGUAAAUAGGUACCGAGCCACGCCGUUCACUGCCGAAUUGGCUCCGGAAUCGGCCUCGUCAAGCGGAGAAACAUCGGUCGACGACGAUUCCGUGGGCACCCCAGAGUUCAAAUUUAGCGACGAACUGCUGCGUCGUUACGCAUCUAUCGCGUAUCAACUGCGCAAUGAUGGUUUGUUCCCAAAAACGUUUGCCUUGGACUGCGAGAUGGUGUCCACGACGAAGGGGACAGAGCUGGCUCGCAUCACCGUGAUCGAUAGCCUGCUCCGUGUCGUCUUCGACGCACUGGUGCAGCCUUCCUGCACCGUGACGAACUAUCGCACCCAGUACUCGGGUAUAACGGAGCAAGGUUUAGCAGGGGUGACCAUCACGCUGUCCGACGUCCAGGCCGCCCUCUACCGCAUGGUGGACUGCGAGACCGUACUGGUCGGCCACUCUCUGCAUCACGACCUGAGCGCGUGCGAAGUCGGCCAUGGGCGCGUGAUAGACACUGCGCUGAUGUACGCCAUCCAGAACCGCAGAAACAAGCCUUCCCUGAAAGCACUGGCUGAGACUCAUCUGAAAUUGGACCUAUUACGCGAUGCCGGUCACGACUCCUACGUCGACGCGGCCACCUCUAUGUACCUGGCGAUGGCGGGGGUCCUAGACCUGGAGCCCCCUUCCACCAGGAACAUCGGCAUUCUUGGCCAAGAGGCGUUCUCCCUUUUAUCGCGCCCGGAGGAACAAUUCCCUUCGCCGGUGGUGCAUCUCAUUGAUCCCAUGGCGGAUCAUUACAAACACCAGUUGGACAGUGGAAUUACAUUGGAGCAAACCUCCGAUGAUGGCUCGUCCGUCGACCGCCUGGUGGAGUUGCUACGUAGCAAUAGGGGCGUGGACUCUGCGUGUUACUACUUCUUGGUUUUGCGGGAUUUCCAGAAGAUGUGCCUACGCAAAAUGUUCGAGUCGCCCAAGAACGAGGAGGCUGCAUCUUUGACCAAACGAGCCAACCCUAAAUCGGUAUGCGAGUACAUGACCCGCCUCUCCGCGCUGACUGAUCGCGUCGUUGCAUGUCUGGAUCGCGAUGACGUCAUGAUGAUGUCAAACCUGAGCGGUGACACGGCGAAGGUGGACGUCCUCUCUCAAUCGCUGCAUGCCAAAACACCUGGGCGUAUGUCAAAGUUGUCGCGUUUCUUGUGGCGGCUUUAUGCGUUGGGGAACGGAGAACCAGCUCCAAAUCACGCCAACAUGGGGGAGAUGGCAGAUGCGCCUGAACCUGUCGAGAAGUUCUCCAGGCGCACCCAAAUAGUCACCGUGGCGACUCUGAAACGCGAGCAUGAGAUGGCAAUACGUGACCGACACCUCAACUGGGCGAUAUUUCUGACAAAGAAGAGCUCGAAUAAGCGCAAGCCUACAUCCCAAUGA